AUGGAUCCACUCGGCUGGGCCAAGAUACGAUGUCCCUGGCGCUAUUAUCUCCCCAGGCUGCUGUUGCAGCUGUUUUUGGCCCUGUGUUUCUUCUCCUACCUGCGUGUGUCCCACGACGAGGCCCCUAAGUCGGAGGCCACUGCAGCCACCACGGGGCCCCCGACACGCUCGCCCCUGCUUCUCCUGCUGUGGACGUGGCCAUUUAACACCCCUGUGGCUCUGUCCCGCUGCUCAGACCUGUGGCCCGGCACGGCCGACUGCCAGCUGACCGCCAACCGCAGCGUGUACCCUCAGGCGGACGCGGUCCUCGUGCAUCACCGAGAGGUCAGCUAUCGGCCAGAGGAGCUGCUCCCACCGUCCCCGAGGCCACCGGGCCAGCGCUGGGUCUGGUUCAACAUGGAAUCGCCUGUCCACUCCCCUCAACUGAAGGCCCUGGACGGACACUUCAACCUCACCAUGUCCUACCGCAGAGACUCAGACAUCUUCACGCCAUACGGCUGGCUCGAGCCGUGGCCAGGCCCUCCGGCCAGUGCCCCAGUCAACCUCUCGGCCAAGACCCAGCUGGUGGCCUGGGUGGUGUCCAACUGGAGGCACGACUCAGAGCGGGUGCGCUACUACCAGCAGCUCCGCGUGCAUCUCCACGUGGACGUGUACGGCCGCUUCCACCGGCCGCUCCCCCGGGCGCUCAUGACCGAGCAGCUGUCCCAGUACAAGUUUUACCUGGCUUUCGAGAACUCCUUGCACCCCGACUACAUCACAGAGAAGCUGUGGAAGAACGCCCUGCAGGCCUGGGCCGUGCCCGUGGUGCUGGGCCCCGGGCGCAGGAACUAUGAACAGUUCUUGCCGCCCGACGCCUUCAUCCAUGUCGACGACUUCCAGAGCCCCAAGGAGCUGGCCCAGUACCUGCUGGCGCUGGACAGGGACCACGCCCGCUACCUGACCUACUUCCGCUGGCGGGAGACGCUGCGGCCUCGAUCCUUCAGCUGGAACCUCAUGUUCUGCAAGGCCUGCUGGCGGCUGCAAGAGGAAGUCAGGUACCAGACGGUGCCCAGCAUCGCCUCUUGGUUCACGUGA